UAUGCACAUACCACUCCAGUAUGGUUAUAUUUCGAUCCACCUGUUGAAGACAAAUCAGGUAAAAAAAAGACUAAAUGUAAGCUAUGCAUGGAAAAAAAGUACCUUACUGUAAAUAAUAGUGGUACUUCUAAUUUGC